CACUAUUUCAACUGACCAAUAAAAAAAAGUCACUAUCUAUUUGUUACUUUAUACCAAUGAAUGGCAUGCGACGAUUCAACCUCAUUCCAAUUGCCUUUAAAGUAAUAAUUCAACGCGCCAGAUAAUUAUCUUUCUUUGCAAAAAACUAACGUCAAAUAAAAAGACACAAUGGCGUCGAAUGUACAGCGGCCAGGUGGAAAGCAACACGAAGCAAAUAAUGAGCGAAUGGCGAGCACGUGCCAUGCAGGAACGCACCGAAACCUUGGACACCAUUACUGCCUCUCCACUCAAUUUACUAGCCAACACACUCGACGACAGAACACUUGGAUACAUGGACCAUGUCGUUCCGGAAAAGGGCAUGAUCGUCCCGGCAACGUACCACCAUGUCUAUUUCCCACCGCGAACACCUGAGCAUAAACUUGCCAGUGACGGAUAUGAAACCAAUUUCCAUCCACCGUACCCGUUCGAUCAGCGCAUGUGGGCUGGUGCCGAGUUGACGUUUGACUUGCGAAAUCCUUUACGUGUGGGCGACGAAGCCGAAAUGGUGACCAAAGUGAAUCGCAUCGAGCACAAAGAGGGCGGUCGUUUGGGUGAUUCCGUGAUGGUGUGGUUGGAUAAGGAUAUCUAUAACCAGAAAGGAUGGUCAAUGCGUGAACAGCGAUGUUUGGUAUACGCGACGUCUCAACAUAAAAAAACUGGAUUAUCAUCUUCACGACGUUCCAUUCAAAUGAAGAAAGCUCCUGAUUUUUUCAAGAUCAUACAUCCUACGUCUAUUCUCUUAUUUCGAUAUUCCGCGCUGACGUUUAACUCACACAAGAUUCACUACGAUCAAGACUACGCAAAGAAUGUUGAAAAGCAUCCGAAUUGUUUAGUUCAUGGUCCCUUGUCGAGUACUUUACUUAUCUCAGCUCUACGGACUUACUACAACAGCAAGUUUGGAGAGGGGGAUAUCGCGCUGGAAUCGUUCCAGUAUCGAUGCCUUGCUCCGCUUUAUGUGGAUCAGCCAUUGACUGUAUGUGGACGACAUACUGGUUUAGGAACUUUUGAGCUUUGGAUCAAUGAUCACCAUGAUAAUUUGGCUGUCAAGGGAACUGCCAAGGUCGAAUGAUACGUAGAUAAUAAAGAUUAGACUUUCCAACGCAAUGACGCUUACUGUUGUCAUAAUCAUGUAAAUUGGAAAUGUACAGUAUCCAUUGUAUAUCAAACACUAUCCGAGAGAGAUCGAAUCUCACAUUACAACGCAUACACGCAGAUUAUCAGCCACCUUUAAGAAAAAUAUAAACAG